AUGCCAACGUCGCAACCAGCGCUGCCUCCGGGCUCGGAAGAAAAUCGUGCGCCUGCUUACAAAGCCUUCCUCAUCCUUAUGGUUGUUUUGACAACAGCAGCGAUAUCGCUCCGGUUUUGGUCCCGCGCAAUGGGCCCGCGUGCCAGGCCUGGCGCCAGUGUGCACCGUUUUUGGUGGGAUGAUUGGGUCGCUCUGUUAGCUGUGGUUUUCAUAAUAGGUUUUUUCGGGCUUGCAUUCGCUCAAGUACAACUAGGAUUCGGACGCCACAUCUGGAUGGUGCCGCCUGAGAAUUUGCCGAAGAUUUUCAAGCUUCUUUAUUCCAUUUACUACCUCUACGACAUUUCGCUCUUUCUUACUAAACAAUCCGCUUUGCUCUUCCUCACUCGUCUGUUCCCGGAGCAGCAAAACUCCAGAUGGUGGAAUUACACCUUGUGGGCAACCCAUGGAUUGAAUGUCGCUUGGCUUAUAGGAAUCAUUCUCGGCACCGCCUUAAUGUGCAGUCCUGUUCAGAAAGGAUGGGACCCAAUGCGACCGGGGCACUGUGGAACAACCAGUGCACUAUGGACAGGAAGUGCUAUUCCCAGCGUUUUCAUCGAUUUGGUCAUUCUGAUCUUGCCGAUGCCGAAGAUCUGGUCUCUUCAAAUGGGCCGAUCUCGGAAGGCUGGUAUCAUGCUUGUGUUUGCACUGGGGUAUUGUGUUAUUAUCGUGUCGCUCGGUCGUAUGAUCACGGUUCUCAAGUCGGCGAAGGCCCUAAACGAAGACAUCACGUACGAAGGUAUGCCUAUGGUAUACUGGGUAACAUGUGAAGCCCCCACCACGAUUAUCAGUAUAUGUCUUCCGCCCAUGGCAAACCUCGUCCGCCGGUUCUAUUCGACCUUUCUCUUACCACUUUCUGG